UUCAGAUAAGCACAUCCCCACCAACCAACUCAGCACGAGUCAUCCACACGACUUUCAUUUCUUGAUUUUCAACAUCGUUCAUUCAUUCAUUCACUAUUACAUAAUAACAAUAACAACAACAACUUUAUUCAAAACCUUCACUUAAUCGAUACACUCUGCGAAGGUUUGAGGCACAAGAUGGCUUCAGCUACAUCUUCUCUAUGCUCAUCUACCCUCCAAUCUCAGAUCAAUGGACUCUCGCUCCGCAAAACCUCUCUUUUCCACCCCUCUUCUCUCACUUUCUCCAGGAGAAAAGUUUCAACCGUGGUUAAGGCUUCGUCUCGUGUGGACAAGUUUUCAAAAAGCGAUAUCAUUGUUUCUCCAUCUAUUCUUUCAGCUAACUUUGCAAAGUUGGGAGAACAGGUAAAAGCAGUGGAGUUGGCUGGCUGUGAUUGGAUUCAUAUUGAUGUUAUGGAUGGUCGCUUUGUUCCAAAUAUUACAAUUGGACCUCUUGUGGUUGAUGCGUUACGCCCUGUGACAGAUUUACCUUUGGAUGUGCACCUGAUGAUUGUAGAACCAGACCUGCGCGUGCCAGAUUUCAUCAAAGCAGGAGCUGACAUUAUUAGUGUUCAUUGUGAACAAUCUUCCACUAUCCAUUUGCAUCGUGCUGUUAAUCAAGUGAAAAGCUUGGGAGCUAAAGCUGGAGUUGUCCUAAACCCUGGUACCCCACUAAGUGCAAUAGAAUAUGUCCUUGAAGUGGUUGAUUUGGUCUUAAUUAUGUCCGUAAACCCUGGCUUUGGUGGCCAAAGUUUUAUUGAGAGUCAAGUAAAGAAAAUUUCUGAUUUGAGAAAAUUGUGCGUGGAGAAGGGUGUGAAUCCAUGGAUUGAAGUUGAUGGUGGAGUUACCCCGGCAAAUGCUUACAAGGUGAUUGAGGCUGGAGCUAAUGCACUAGUUGCUGGUUCUGCUGUGUUUGGAGCUAAAGAUUAUGCUGAAGCUAUAAAAGGGAUCAAAGCUAGCAAAAGACCUGAACCAGUUGCUGUGUGAAAUCCCUCCGUGGUAUCCUAUCUGUUUAAAUCCAAUACAAUGUUCACUGUAAAUUAAGCACGGCUUGCUAUCACCACCAGCAAUUGCUUCUCUAUGGAAUUAACUCGAAAUCAGCCAAGUAAUGCUUCUGCUGUGAUGCAUAUUUGUGUAUAAUCUCUUGGAAUAGAACAUCUUUAAUUCAAGUUAAAGCAAUCUACCGUCUGUAAGCUUGUAGUUUACGGUUGUGGUCAACCAUAUUGUAAAGAAGUUUGUGUUUUUUGACAUUACAUAAGGUUGAAAGAAAACAAGCUAUAAUUUUUCUGUUUUUUCUCCAAGUUAAUUUCAUUUGAUUUCAUCUCUA